UUCACUCUGAGGCAGCGUCACAUUCAACGGUUAACUGUUGCAUUCAACGUUUCGUUCGCUUCGGCUCUUCCGACAUUUUUCGACCGUGUAUACCGUGUACAUUCACAUUUACGCGCCUCUCGUCGUUCGGUUUGCGUCGGUCGUGUUUCCCCGUACGUACGUACGCCCUCGCUUCGUAUCGAAUCCGAUAGAUACGAGCCACGAGAUUGUAUAGCAUCGUUGUGUGAGUGUGCCCGCCUCGUAUCUGUGUGCCGAAGGCGUUUUCGUCGUCAUCAAAUCCAUAACGUCAUUUCGUUUGUUGCCGCUCAAACGGUGAGUGAGGCGAUUCGAGUCGUGUGCGUGUACUGCCAGCCAACACUGUAGCCGCAAUCAGCGUGUGCGUGUGCUACUCUCAAUCACUGUACAAGCCCUUUUCGUAACGGAACCUCAAAAAACGAGGCGAAACGCAAAGAGAAAAUAAACCUGGGAUUACAGCGCAAAUAACGAAAGGAAGGAAGGAAGGAAGGAAGCCAAAGGAAGUCUCUCAAACACUCCCCCACCAAAAAAACAAACAACAAACAUCAUCAUGUCACGGAUCGUUUUUGUAUUAUUCGCAGCCAUCCUAACAGAUGCGCUCACUGCCGGCCAGGUGAAUGUGGAGCCCAACACGGCACUCCUCAACGAGGGCGAUCGCACAGAGCUGCUCUGCCGCUACGGACGUACCAUCAACUAUUGCCGCAUCGAGAUACCCGGCGAACAGAAGGUCCUCAAUCUCUCACCGGAAUGGAGCAAGACACCUGGAUUCACGUACUACGGCGCUGGGCUGCAGGCCGGCCAAUGUGGUGUGACCAUUGAGCGGGUCAAGGCCAGCAAUAAUGGCCAGGUCAAGUGCAGUCUGGGCGUUGAGGGAGAGGAGCUCUCAGGCACCAUAGAUCUGGUGGUGGCAUUGCGCCCACAGCAACCCAUCAUUGAACUGCUCUCGAAACCCAAUCGUGAGGGCUACUUCGCCGAGGGCACCCAAUUCAUGGCACGCUGCAGCGUACGCGAUGGUCGCCCGCCGGCAAACAUCUCCUGGUACAUUGACAAUAUGCCAGCCAAUAAGCAGACAACCCCACUGGAGAUCAUCUCGACGCCAACCAACGACAAUGUGGAGCUGUCCACCUCUGUGCAGCAGAUCCAGUGGCAUUUGUCGCCCGAGGAUAGCAACAGGAAGCUCGUGUGCCGUUCGCAUCAUCAGACAGAUCGCGAGACAGUGCCACCACAGGAGGCAGCCUACAUCAUCAAUGUGCGAUAUGCGCCCGUUCAUCAGUCAGAGGCCGCCGUUUAUGGACUGUAUUUGGAUCAUACUGCCAUUGUCAACAUUACAAUUCGUGCCAGUCCCUUGCCCAGGAUUGAGUGGACCAUUGAGGGUUUGGUUGUGUCGCAGGGCCGCACCGAGGGCCGCUAUUCGGCGUAUGAGCCACAGUAUUUGGGCAACGAUGAGUACAAUGUGACGCUGGCUAUCGCCGGACUGACGCUGGAGGAUACGACCAAAAUCUACAAUCUGCGUGCCACCAACGAGCUCGGUCUGACGGACUACCAAGUGCGUAUCAGUUCCUCGAGCAAGCCGCCCAGCAAUAGUCUGGAUGUGGCUGCCAUUGUGGGCAUCGUUGUGGCCGUCGCUGUACUGGUUCUGGUCGUACUCCUCGUUCUGUUUGCCCGUGCCACAGGCAGAUGGUGCUUUGGCGGUAAAUCAAUCAAGACGCCCACAAAUGAAACCGACGGGCAGAACGACAAGCAGCUCGAAUUGGGUGGCCAACAUGGCCAGAAUGUGGCUCUCCUUGAGACCCCCAAUGGCAUCACCCUGCUGGGUGCGAGCAAACUCAGAGAAGUCAAUGGGAAUGGGAAUGGCAAUGGUACUCCCCAGGAGCGUUUGUCCGUGGAGAGGCGUCCCCACAAUGAUGAAGAUGAUUCCUUCGAGUAUGCCACUGAUCGCGAGAGCAGCGUCUAUAAUCCCACCACACGACCACUGCGCAGUGUCUUGAUGAGCCAGGCCGGUGGACGCAAUUCCCGCAGCUCCGCCAGCUCCGAGGUAGAGCCACUGAACACCGAAAACUCCGAUCUGCUGCAGAAGGGCAACCAAUUGGGCAUACCAGAGUCGCGUUUCGCCCGCUGGCUGCCAAAGGAUAAACUGGAGCUGCUCGAAAAGCAGGCAAUGCUGCUGUCGGGACGUGGCAAGGCAAUGAAUGCGGCGGCACCACCACCAGCCACACCACCAAAGCCACAAAAGAAAGUGCUUGCCACACCAACAGAAACGACAGCGACAACGACAACAACGACGACAAUGGCGACGCCAAAGCUGCCACAGGAAACGGAAAUCUGAGAAUGCAACUGUGUGUGUGUGCGUGUGUGUGUGCGUGCGAGUGUGUGUGUCAUAUUUAUUUAUUUUCCUCUGCUUUGAGGCACCGGAAAGGCGGUCGCAGGAUUAGGGAUUGGAGCAGUUUUGUAGCAGUGUCAGCAGAGAUGCCUCAGGGUGUGUUCUCACUGCUUUCCUUUUGAGAUUGAAAUUUUAUGUUAGACCAUAGAUCAGAGCUAUAUCUAUAGGUUACUGCUCUGAAUUACACAUCUUAAAGCUAUAAUUAUCCAUAAGAAAGAUUUCUUAUGACAUUUAGUUUGAAAAGUCACUAAAUUUUCUCUUAGAUAAGUCAAAACUCUACUAAAAAUAGAGAUAAAUACAAAAGAGCAUUGAAAACUAGCUCUAAGUGGAUAUUAGUGCCUUAAAAAGUCACCAACACCUAAGAAACAAUUGUCCUUAGCAUCAUAUAUGUAUAUG